UUGCCGCACAGCUGUGGGUCGAGUCCAAUUUGCACAAACAGAAAAGUAUCCAGACGUUGCGAGUGCAAGAGCCAAGAUAAAAUUCCAAAAUGGCCUUUAAUAAGCUGAGCAUUGAGAACUUGGAUCUGGAGGGAAAGCGCGUGCUUAUGCGCGUUGACUUCAAUGUCCCCAUCAAGGAAGGCAAGAUCACAAGCAACCAGCGUAUUGUUGCUGCAGUGGACAGCAUCAAGCUGGCGCUCUCCAAGAAGGCCAAGUCAGUGGUGCUAAUGUCGCAUUUGGGUCGCCCCGAUGGCAAUAAGAAUCUGAAGUACACCCUUGCGCCUGUGGCUGAGGAGUUGAAGACGCUGCUGGGCCAGCCUGUGACAUUCCUGAACGAUUGUGUGGGCAGCGAGGUUGAGGCCGCUUGCAAGGAUCCCGCAGCCGGCUCAGUAAUAUUGCUGGAGAAUGUGCGUUUCUACCUGGAGGAGGAGGGUAAGGGCGUGGAUGCCAGCGGCGGCAAGGUUAAAGCUGAUCCUGCAAAGGUUAAGGAGUUCCGCGCCAGUCUGGCCAAGCUGGGUGACAUCUAUGUCAACGAUGCCUUUGGCACAGCUCAUCGCGCUCACAGCUCCAUGAUGGGCGAUGGUUUUGAGAAGCGUGCUGCCGGUCUGCUGCUCAACAAGGAGCUCAAGUAUUUCUCGCAGGCACUGGAUAAGCCACCAAAUCCUUUCCUGGCAAUUCUUGGCGGCGCCAAGGUUGCUGACAAAAUUCAGCUGAUUGAAAAUCUGCUGGACAAGGUCAACGAAAUGAUCAUUGGUGGUGGCAUGGCCUUUACUUUCCUGAAGGUCUUGAACAACAUGAAGAUUGGCGGCUCUUUGUUCGAUGAGGAGGGCUCCAAGAUUGUGCAGAAUCUCGUAGAAAAGGCCAAGAAGAACAACGUGCAGCUGCAUCUGCCUGUAGACUUUGUUUGUGGUGACAAGUUUGCUGAAAAUGCUGCAGUUAGCGAGGCUACCGUAGAGGGCGGCAUUCCCGAUGGCCACAUGGGCUUGGAUGUGGGACCCAAAACUCGUGAACUGUUUGCUGCGCCUAUUGCACGCGCUAAGCUCAUCGUCUGGAAUGGUCCUCCUGGUGUUUUUGAGUUCCCCAACUUUGCCAAUGGCACCAAGGCUAUUAUGGAUGGUGUGGUGGCUUCCACUAAGAAUGGCUGCGUUUCCAUUAUUGGUGGUGGCGAUACUGCCUCUUGCUGCGCCAAGUGGAACACUGAGGCGCUGGUUUCCCAUGUUUCCACUGGCGGCGGUGCCUCGCUGGAGCUGCUUGAGGGCAAGACACUGCCAGGUGUGGCUGCUCUCUCCAAUGCUUAAACGCCUAACCCUAUAUACUACAACUCAAUACAAUUAACAUUGAAAUAUAUCUAUACUAUCGUUGUUGCUGCCGACUUCGUUUUAUCUUUUAAGCACAAAAUGUUCACCACAAUAAAAUUG